CUUAUUUUUGACGUUUAUGGUAGUUCCGAUUUUCGUACCGCAUUUUUCUUGUAAUUUUUUUCUCAUUAACGAAAAUCAUCCUUAAAAAAUGCUUUAAAAUGGACUCCUAACAAUAUAAAACCGUUAAAGUGAAUCGAGUGAAUAUAAAACUGGUGAAAAAGUAGAUUCAGUGAAAAAUGUCUGUUCCUUCAGCAUCUUUAUCAACUAGGAAUAAAAAGCACUUUCUGGGUGUUCCUGCUCCUCUCGGAUACGUUGCUGGUGUCGGAAGAGGAGCAACAGGAUUCACAACUCGUUCUGAUAUUGGACCUGCCCGAGAUGCAAACGAUGUUUCAGAUGAUAGACACGCACCUCCCACGAAACGUGCAAAGAAAAAAGACGAAGAGGAGGAGGACGAAGAAGAUUUGAACGAUUCCAAUUACGACGAAUUUUCGGGUUAUGGAGGUUCGCUUUUUAGCAAGGAUCCAUAUGACAAAGAUGACGAGGAAGCAGACGCAAUAUAUGAUGCAAUCGACAAACGAAUGGAUGAAAAGCGCAAAGAGUACAGAGAGAAACGCAUGAGGGAAGAACUCGAGCGUUAUCGUCAAGAGCGUCCCAAAAUCCAGCAGCAAUUCUCCGACUUGAAACGCGAUUUGGUGACCGUGACCGAAGAUGAGUGGAGAAACAUCCCCGAGGUUGGGGACGCGAGAAACCGAAAGCAGAGGAACCCAAGAGCCGAAAAAUUCACACCUCUGCCCGACUCGGUCCUCGCGCGAAAUUUGGGAGGCGAAACAACAACAAGUAUCGAUCCCUCGAGUGGAUUGGCUUCCAUGAUGCCAGGAGUCGCGACACCCGGGAUGUUGACGCCAACCGGGGAUCUGGACUUGCGGAAGAUCGGCCAGGCUCGAAAUACUCUCAUGGAUGUUAAAUUGAGUCAAGUCUCGGAUUCUGUCGCCGGACAAACUGUCGUUGAUCCAAAAGGCUACCUCACCGAUCUCCAGAGUAUGAUUCCCACCUACGGUGGCGAUAUCAACGACAUCAAAAAGGCACGUUUGCUCUUGAAGUCGGUCCGGGAAACAAAUCCAAAUCAUCCGCCAGCUUGGAUAGCUUCCGCCCGAUUAGAGGAGGUGACGGGAAAAGUUCAGGCGGCCCGGAACCUUAUCAUGAAAGGUUGCGAGGUGAAUCCAACCUCGGAAGAUUUGUGGCUCGAGGCGGCACGAUUGCAGCCACCAGACACCGCGAAAGCUGUAAUUGCCCAGUCCGUCCGACACAUACCAACCUCUGUGCGAAUCUGGAUAAAGGCGGCCGAUUUGGAGACGGAGACGAAGGCGAAACGACGCGUUUAUCGCAAAGCGCUCGAGCAUAUUCCGAAUUCGGUGAGACUGUGGAAAGCGGCUGUCGAGUUGGAGGAGCCAGAAGACGCGAGGAUUUUGCUGAGUCGAGCUGUCGAGUGUUGCACGACCAGUGUUGAUUUGUGGCUGGCUUUGGCGCGACUCGAAACUUACGAGAAUGCGCGAAAAGUGUUGAACAAGGCGCGCGAAAAUAUUCCGACUGAUCGGCAAAUUUGGACGACGGCUGCCAAGUUGGAGGAGGCAAAUGGAAAUAAGCACAUGGUGGAGAAAAUUAUUGAGCGAGCGAUUCAUUCGUUGAGUACAAAUGGAGUGGAGAUCAACAGGGAGCAUUGGUUCAAGGAGGCGAUGGAUGCGGAGAAAGCGGGGGCUGUUCAUUGCUGUCAGGUGAUCAUCAAGUCGGUCAUUGGAGGCGGCGUUGAGGAAGAGGACAGGAAACACACUUGGAUGGAAGAUGCCGAGACGUGCGCUCAACAAGGAGCCUUGGAAUGUGCGAGAGCUGUCUAUGCCUACGCUUUGAGUACUUUCCCGAGCAAAAAGUCAAUUUGGUUAAGAGCAGCCUAUUUCGAAAAGAGUUAUGGAACCAGAGAAACCUUGGAAACUUUGCUUCAAAAGGCUGUUGCCCAUUGUCCCAAGAGUGAGGUCCUCUGGCUGAUGGGAGCUAAAUCGAAGUGGCUAGCCGGAGACGUUCCAGCGGCGAGAGGAAUUUUGUCCCUGGCUUUUCAGGCGAAUCCUAACUCGGAAGAAAUCUGGUUGGCUGCUGUGAAACUCGAAUCGGAAAAUUCGGAAUAUGAAAGAGCGAAACGGCUACUUGCGAAGGCGAGAGCUUCUGCGCCAACGCCGAGGGUUAUGAUGAAAAGUGCGAAACUCGAAUGGGCUCUUAACAAUUUAGAAGCGGCUCUUGAUUUACUUAAAGAAGCGAUCACGAUGUUUCCCGAUUUUCCCAAGUUGUGGCUGAUGAAGGGACAAAUUGAAGAGCAGAAGAAUAUGAAUGAGGAAGCUCUUCAAACUUAUAGUCAAGGGAUAAAGAAAUGCCCGACUUCGAUUCCCUUGUGGCGGCUUUUGACUCAGUUGGAAUUCCGAGCAGGCAGGGUAACAAAGGCUCGUUCGGUUUUGGAAAAGGCGAGACUGAAAAAUCCGAAGAAUGAUCAACUCUGGCUCGAAGCAGUUAGAAUCGAAAAUCAAAAUGUAGCGACCCACAAUAUGGCGCAUACAUUGAUGGCAAAGGCUUUACAAGAAUGUCCCAAUUCUGGAUUGCUUUGGGCUGAGGCAAUUUUUAUGGAAUCGAGGCCUCAGCGGAAGACGAAGAGUGUCGAUGCUUUGAAGAAGUGUGAACACGAUGCACAUGUUCUUCUUGCUGUUUCCAAGUACUCUUAA